UAUUCCAAAAAUCUCAGUUGUUAUAUACAUAAUCCAGGUAUUCAACAAGUUGAAAGUCCUUAAUCUCAGCUUUUCCAUGAAUCUCUGCAAAUCACCAUGCUUCUCACAAGUCCCACAUCUAGAGAUACUAGUUCUGGAAGGAUGCAUAAACUUGAUUGAGCUUCAUGACUCUGUAAGAUAUCUUGAAGGGCUUGUUUUGUUGAAUUUGAAAGGAUGCAAGAACCUUAGGAAUCUCCCAAAAGGCAUUUCUAAAUUAGAAUCUCUUAAAACUCUUAACUUGUCUGGCUGCUUACAGCUUGAAAAGUUACCAGAGAAUUUGGGGAAUAUGAUUGCUUUAAAAGAGCUGUUUAUAGGAGGAACUGCCAUUAAGCAACUCCCAUCGUCCUUGAUUUUUUUGAUGAAUUGGAAAGGCUUAUCCUUAUCUGAAUGCGAAGAAAAGUUCUCAGGAUCUUGGCUAUCACGUUUCUCAUCACAGUUAUCACCAAGAAGUUUGAAUCGUAGAACUUUGCUACGAGCUUCUGUUUCUGGAUUUGGCACUUUGGGAAAACUAGCUCUUAGGGACUGUAAUUUGUCGGAAGAUAAGAUUCCCCUUGAUCUUGGGGGAUUCUCUUCCCUCCAAGGCUUGGAUUUAUCAGAAAACAAUUUUCGUAUCCUACCAGAUAGCAUCAGUGGCCUUUCUAAAUUACAAUCUCUGCACUUACAACAGAACAAGUCUCUUUACUCGAUUUCGGGACUCCCUGCAAAAAUAGAGACAUUAUCUGCAUCGGGCUGCUCAUCAUUGGAAACACUCUCAUUUUCCUCGAGUUCUGAGUUAGCUGUACUUUACCUUCGUGAAUGCUACAACCUGGUUGAUAUUCAAGGCUUAAACUUGGAAUCUAACAUAAAAGUUGAUUUGGUUGGGUGCGACAAUCUGUCGUCUGAUUUUAGUGAGAGUGUUCUUCAGGUUCUCUCUCUCUCUCUCUCUCUCACUCUCUAUCGUUCUCUCUAUCUCUCUCUCUCUCUCUCAACAAUUCUCUGAACCUUUUUUGU